AUGUCAAUUAUCCGGAUAAACACAGCGCUCCUGGGUUCCUCCGAGUCCACUACGCGGCUUAGGGCUUCUCUCCCUCAUUCCUCUUCUCUCCCUCUUUCCGAGCGUUUUUCUUCUACUUGGCGUCUCUACUCCCUCCAACCAUCACAACUGCUCAGGCUGCGACGAUUUCAGACAUAUACCCCGUCGUUUACACAGAUAAGUUUAACCGUCUCCAUCUUCCUCGCUUACUACAUUUGCAUAUCUCAAUUGCCGCCUAAACCCGCCUUCUUUCUCAGGCUAUCAAUCGGUUUCUCAAAAUUUAUAUUCACUCCAACUCAAGUUUUCCAAUGCAGCUUUUUGAAGAAUAGUCACUUUCCUUACUCUCCGCCUGAUUCUAAUUAUUGUGCACUCGCCCUUCCAAAAUGUAAAAUCUGCCCAGUACAGGACAUCUCGGAUAAACUUGGACAACGUGUUACACCGGUACUGCGCCUGGAUACAAAUAUGCAAAUCAGCACUGAGAAUUAUAAUACUCUGCACAGUGACAGCUCCAGUUAG